UUUUGCGAUAUCAUCCGGGGAACUGCAUAUUUUCUGAAGACAGACUCUGACAGAGGAAACUCGUAUUUGGUGAAAACAAACUUCUAUUACAUGAAAGUAUAUCCAUGAAAUAAAGAUGAGUGAACAAUUGAAGUACAUAGUCCAAGAACUGGCCAAGGAGCCAUUCAGCAAGACUUACAACCUGAUAUCAUUUGAUUCCCUUGAGCCCUUACAACUUCUUCAAGUUCUGACUGAUGUUCUGGGUAUUAUUGAUCCAAAGCAAAAAGUUGAUAUCCGGGAGGAAGCACCAGAUCAAACUGCAGUUAGAAUGUUCAACACACUGAGAAUUCUCAAGUACAAACCUCCCACGGAAGAUGUACAAACGUUCCGAGGCGGUUUAGUGCAGGGGGAUAAAUUAAUCAUCUAUCCCAUACUGGAGUGGCUGCUGAAGCGCAUUCCGGAUCUCCAGAAAAGAGCUUACUUGGCUCGGUUUUUAGUGAAGGUGGAUGUUCCCCCAGAAAUCAUGGCAGAGGACCCCAUUCCUGAUCUCUAUGCACAGUAUGAGGAGGCUAUGGAUCAAUUCAAAGAAAUGCAUAAGGAGGCAGAAGGCUUAAAAAAUUCUGGAUUUAACACAGGAGAAAUCAGAAAGGACAUUUCUAACAUGGAAGAUGAGAAAGAACAACUGAUUAAACGUGUCGAAAGACUCAAAAGAAAGGUGGAGUCUCAUCCAAAUUCCACCACCAUGAUGAAUGUGGCCAGAAAUUUACGCCUGGAAAGAGACCGAGAGAAGAAGCUAGCUGAGCAGAGGCAAGAGCAGUCCAUGCUGAUUCAACAUGAAGAUCAGAAAAUUCGGCGACUGCAGUCCCAGUUACAUGACACUAGACAAGCGGCUGUUGGAGCCAAUGCAGAGGUGAUGCUACAAAGGCUUGAGGAGGAAACGCGCACCAACAAGUACAUCGUGAUGGAGAAGAUGCCCAAAGAGAUGGCACAACAGAAGAAAAUUUUACUGAAUCUUCAGAAGGUGGUGGCUGAGCCAGCUAUGGGGCAGUCAGAUCUGGAUAAGCUUCAUGACCAGAUUGGUAAUUUGACUGAGGAGAUAAAACAGCUUGUGGAGAAGAAACUCCGAACAGAAGACACAACUGACAACAAGUCCGCCUUAUUCAAACAGCAGGCUGCAAUAAUAGCUAGCAAGAAGGAGGGAGCUUUUAGAGAUUUCCGAGAUGUGCGAGAUACAUAUCACAAGAUAUCUAUGGAGUUGGAGCAGAAGCAAGAUGUUGCCAAGGAAGCUGGGGGUGGAGAAGUUCUAAAAGGAGAGGACUUCAAAAGAUAUGUCAACAAAUUAAGGAGCAAGAGUACAAUAUACAAAAAGAAGAGGCAGGAGAUCGCUGAGAUCAGGGCUGAGCUGGGAGUUCUGUCUCGCACUGAGCAGAUUCUUAGUCAGCGAGAUGAAUUCAUUACCAGGAGCCUGGAAGCAGUAGAAAACAAGAAAGGCGUCUCUGGGUAUCGUCAGACGCAGGAAGAACUGGAGAAAGUGUCAGCUGUUAAGAGUGAACUGGAUGAGAAAAAAGGAAAAACUUUGGAGGAUAUCUCUGACAUGGUUCAGCGACUUACCAGGACCAUUGCUGCUAAGAAGAAUUCUUUGGCUCCAAUAAUCAAGGAGCUGAGGCCAAUGAGACAGCGAGCCCAGGAGCUGACAAAUCGCCACACAGAGAAGAAGCAAGCCUAUGAUACGGCUGCUGCCGGCCUGGAGAGUAACAUGGCCAAACUAGAACAGGAGGUUCGUGCCUACCAGGAAGAGUGUUCUCAGGAGGAGUCGCGCUAUCACUACCUCCACUGCAUGAUGCAGAUGGUGGAGGUUCAGCAGAGGAAGGUGGCUGAUGAAAUGAAAGCCUACACAUCUGCAGACCCGUACGCUCGCAAAAAGACUUACAGGGAGCUGUACCAGAGGAAAGUUCAAGAACAGGAGAACCUUGGUAAGGGCCUGAGGGAACAGCAGAAGUCGGUCAGGGAGAACCACGGCCCCAGUCUCAGGCAAAUGAAGAUGUGGAAGGACGUGGAAAGACUGCUGGAGUGCAAGAGGCACUGCUUCGAGUUGUCAGGGGGGCUGGGAGGAGGUCUCGGAGGGGGUGUCUAUGGAGAUCAGCCCCCUGCUGUAUUGGAGGAAGACCGACUUGUCAUGUGAUAAACUUUGUGUUAGUGAACAAUCCAAUUAUCUGACUAUUUGGUGUUAGUAGAUCUCUACAUCAUUCCGUCCAAUUUCUUUGAAGUAUUUAUUAAAAUUUAUGAUUUUGGGUCAAAA